CCAAGUAGAGUGGUGUUACGUUAGAUAAACUGGAAAACACAAACAUAGUAAGUAUUACAUUUGUGUUUAACAUUGGAGGAGGACAGGCCAGGCAGUGAGGAAGAAAGGUUGCCUGAAGUGACAAGACAGGCUCUUUCAUACACCCAAGGGUUUCCUGUUGGGUGGGGAACACAAAAGAGUACUUCAAAUGCAAAAUGCCUGAACCCAAAGCACAAGAGAACUGAAGCUUAAAGCAAAAUGGAAUACUUUAAAACAGUGCUGAAUCUGGGAGUGAAGCAUCAAGCUGUAUUAGGCUAUGGUGCCCUCUCUUUGCUUGCUGCUGUAGGGGAAAAAGUCUUUUCUACUGUUUUGUUUCAGUGCCCAUGUAAUGGAUGGAAUCACGUCUAUGGUAUGGUUUUCUUACUGGUCCCUGCAGUAAUAUUGUUCUUGCUUGGCUAUAUGCUGAAUUUUCCCUUGUGGAAACACAUGACCGGUUGCUGCAACUAUGAAAAACAAGGCCAUCGUGUUUGUCGGAGAGGGUUACGUUGCUUGCAGGUGUUUUGGCAAAUGACUUUUGUAUCAGCUUUAGCUCCUCUGAUCUGGAUUGCUCUGGCACUGCUGAAUGGCACAUUUUAUGUAUGUAUAGUCUCGGGCCUUCCAUGGAAACAUGCAUGUGACUACAAAGAAACAUGUAUAAAGGAGUUACCCCACAUUCCCUGCCCUGGUUCUUACACAUCAGACCUCUCCAAGGAGGAUAUAAAUGAGGUGCAACGCUUUAUGAGGGCUGAAUCACAGGUUCUGGGCUGGACAGUGAUGUGCUGUGUUCUGGUUAUAAUAGUACUUUCCACUUGCAUAAGUCGAUGUAUGUCCCCUGUCAGUUUCCUCCAACUGAAGUUCUGGAAAAUGUAUAUAGAAAGGGAACAAGAACUGUUUGAUAUAAGGUGCAAGGAGCACGCCACUAAACUUGCUGAGAGGAACAUCAAAAUUUUCUUUGAUCACACCAAAGUAGAACCAUUCAUAACACCAAAUAAUAAAGAGUGGAAUCAGAUCUCCUCAACCUACACCUUUAACAAGAAGAAACAGUAUUACAGCAUGCUACACAGAUUUGUAGAGUUAUCAGACAGGAACCAAAGCUUCAUUUCUUUAGAGGGUGAUAUGGUUCCUCCAGCUGAGAUAAACAUGGUCGAUAUCAUUGAUGGUUUUGAGAGUGGUGUAUAGAUGCUAGAAGCACCAAACAUGGCUUUAAGAGCAACAGACUUUGAAUAUGUUAUCAUGGAAAAUCAAGUUUUUUAUUCUUCUGGGAAUGCAGAAGGUUCUUGGCGGCCUUUCAUCCUAAUAAAGAAUAUCACACUUGCUGAAGAAUAAAGUAUAUUACUUGAUAGCCUAUAAUGGACAUAGAUGAACAGACUGCCUACCUUUGGCUGUCAAGAACUGUUCCUAUUGAAAAACAGCAAAUAACAACUGCAAAAACAUUGCUAAAUCUUGAAGUGCUUUUCACAACAAACGCACUUUUAAGUUUAAAGGCCAAUUAAAGUGCUGAAUAAACAUGAAUCUUCUGUCAUAGGGCUGGCCACAAAAACAGCAAUACUGUAUAUACUUAUGUUCUACAUGAGACUAGAGCUUAUAUUUAUAUAUAUAUUGCCUUUUUAAUUUAGAAAUUAUAUUUUCUCUGUUUUUUUCUAUUAUUUCUGUAAUAUGAUUAUGUUUUAAUUUUUGAGGCUAUUUACUCCCCCCCCCCACCUCGACAGAAUGUGCAGUAUUGGUUUGAAUUGAGAAAAUUAGCCCUGAGUACCUUACUUUACCUAACUGAGCCUUUGUAUAGAGGUAAGGAUGAGUCAAUUACAAAUGGGGAAUUAAUGCAGAGUUAUCUGAUUAUAUAACUUUUCCUUCUCUCAUAUUUAUUUAAAGAACCAAGUUCUGUGAUCAGAUAGAAAAAACAGCCUUCAGUUUCACUUUUAAGAAUUGCAUAGAUUUAAAAUAGACAAAUUUAAAUUUUGAAUAUGUCUUAAUUAAUGUUGAAUGUUAGUGAAUGUUGAAUUCAGGCGUAUAUUGCCCCUUAUGUUAGGGCCUACUAUCUAGCCCUAACUUAGCUUCUAGAAUCCACAAAUAUGGCUCUUCUUCCCUGUGGCCUUUGGGCUUAGGUGCUCGAUUCUCAUGAUCAGUACACAUUUACUAGACCUUGAAUGGCUGGAGGAAAGGGCUAAACCUUACUUAUCAUUUCAAAUAGCCAAAAUGGAAUAUAUUCAAAAAAUCUAGAAAAAGAAAAUGAUCGAAUGUGCAGACUCAACCCUCUAGUGACUAAAAGAGGGAAACAUUACAAAAUACAAUUAAGUCUGCAACGAUCAAAAAAAGUAAAAAAUGAUCAACUUUAUUACAAUCCGUUAAAACAAACCCCAUGUACAAAGCCUGACUGCUUAUCCAGCACUUAAUCAUAGGCUCAGAAGAAACAGUUAUUUGCACAUCUAUAUAUACAUGGUAUAAAACACACCCAGCUUACCGUAAUUAAAAUCAAUCAGUGUGAGAGACACCGUACUACUCCUCUGUACAGACAGUUCAGAUACCUAAGUUAACUAUCUAGUAAGGAAUCAGUUUUACCAAAGUUAAAAAAAUACAUAUCACAGGGUCUCAAAGUAAAAGUAAACAAAGUAUAAAGUAAAUAGCAUAUUUUUCACAAAGCAAGUAAAAUUCAAUCCUAAAGGUAUACGUGUAUGGAGAUAAAAAAUCCAGAACACUUCAUGUUUACAGAGAAGAGUAAGGGUAUCUCCUCCUCUCCUUCCAAUUUUUAUUUGUUCUAUUGCCUGUACUGAAAAUAAUUUUUAUCACUAUUGUUGCAUUCUGCAAAAUGUCUAGUGACAUUACUUUUAUAUGAAUAUUUAGUAUUACAAAUGUGGCUAAUGUGCUCUCUGAUCCUAUCCUUCAGGGCCCACAUUGUACAGCUCACAUAUUAUUUUUUGAAUUUCUGACAUGUCACUAGAUAAAUUACUGCUGUGCUGUAAUAAAGUUAAUAAAGUUCUGUAUUUUAUAACUUUUAUUCGUAAUUGAUGACCAAAAUUCCUUUGAGACCUCAAGAUGUUCACAAGUAACACAGCAUCUACUGCCACAUUUAAAACAACCUUUCACAUCCAAAAAAUGUUUUUUUUAACUCCACUUUUAUUCUUAAAGAAACUAGUGGAUAACCUGUCUCUUAAAGUAUGGGCUCUCCUCGCUAUGUUACCAAUUCCUUGUCCCAAAGUCUCAAAUAAAUCACGACCAGCAUAUAAUAUUGGCAAAAAAAUUUUUUACUACCUGAACUAUUUUGUUAUACUGUCUGCUGUAUAUUGUAAUAAAGGAUAUUUUAUUCUCCCAA